GUCAGUAAUCAGAUCCCACCCAACUUUUCGCACGCGCUUAUUCAUCCUUCCGUCCUCGGCUCUCUCACUGCCUCUAUUCCAAUCUGCUAUACCUUCGCCAUCGCACAGGCACUCCACGCGAACUCCCCAGCCAUAGAAGGGGCGGGGUUGUGCUUAGCAACAAAACUCCUCCCAAACUAUUCCGAGGACCUACCUCCUACGUACCCACCAACCUCGCUCGCGUCAUCGAGAGAGUGGCAAAAAAAAAAAGGUGAAACGACGCCGUCGAGGAGACCGUGCUUGACGACUACUACCCCGCCCCGGCCCGGAGCCGCGCCAGAUAUCGAAGGGGGGUGAGACGGGAGACGAAGGGGACAAAAUGCCGCCUCCCGAAUCCGUCAAGCUCGUACCCCUGCCGCCCUUCAAGCCCGACCUGUACCAGCGCGCGUGGCAGUCGAUACCGCACCCGACCCUCCCGCUGCUCGCGACCACCCACCAGAAGUCCGUCACCGUCUUCUCGCUCUCGACCCUGUCCGCCCACAGCGCCCUGACCAAUGGGCACGAGCGGUCCGUCCGCUCCGCCACCUGGAAGCCGAACCUGCCGCCGCACCGGCUCUGCCUCGUCACCGGCAGCUUCGACUCGACCGCGGGGCUGUGGCGCUGGAGCGACGACCGCGGGCCCCGGGCCGCCGGCUCCGGAGGUGACGACGACGACGACGGCGACGGUAGCGACAGCGACGGCAAGGCCGAGCGCGACUGGGAGCUCAUCGUCGUGCUCGAUGGCCACGACUCCGAGAUCAAGUCGGUCGCCUUCUCGCCCAGCGGCCAGUACCUCGCCACCUGCAGCCGCGACAAGUCGGUCUGGGUGUGGGAGGACGUCGGCGCCUCCGAAGCCGACGACGAGUGGGAGACGGUCGCCGUGCUCAGCGAGCACGAAGGCGACGUCAAGGCCGUCGCCUGGUGCCCGGACACGACGGACGACUCCGGCGGCGGCGGCGGCAGGCGCGGCCGCUACGGCACCGACGUGCUUGCGAGCGCGAGCUACGACAACACGGUGCGCGUGUGGCGCGAGGACGGCGACGGCGAGUGGGUCUGCGUGGCCGUGCUCGAGGGCCACGGGGGCACGGUCUGGGGCCUGCAGUGGGAGCCGCGGCGGCGGCGCGGCGGCGGGUUCCCGCGACUCCUGACCUGGAGCGCGGACCGGACCCUGCGCAUCUGGACGCUGAAGGAGGAGGACGAGGACGAGGACGACGCAGGCGGGGCCGGGCACGCCUGGGGCGCCGGCAUCCCAAACACGAUGCGCCGGUCGCUCAAGGAGGAGUGGGAGUGCACGGCGGUGCUGCCGGCGGCGCACGCGCGCGACGUGUACGCGGCGAGCUGGAGCGCGCAGACGGGGCUCGUGGCGAGCACGGGCAGCGACGGCAUGCUCGCGGUGUACGGCGAGAGCGAGGAGCGCGCAGACGCGGCCGCGGAACUAGACGGCGACGCCGUCAUGACGAACGGCCACCCCACCGCCGCCGCCGGCGAGGACGCGCCGGCGCCGCGCGGGUCCCGCCUGUGGAAAGUCCUCGCGACAGUCCCCGCGGCCCACGGCCCGUACGAAGUCAACCACGUGACGUGGUGCCGGCGGUGGGACGCCGGGUGCGCGCCGGAGCGCCGCGGCGUCGAGGAGAUGCUGGUGACGACGGGAGACGACGGCGUCGUGCGGCCGUGGCAGGUCGUGCUGUCGUGACGGGGCGCGGCCGACGUAGCGAAUUGGUUGGCGAGUCGGGCACUAGUGGU